AUGUACCUGGAGUACAAGCAAGCAAUCUACCUCAACACCCGAGCGUUCCUGGAGUACAAGCAGGCAAUCUACCUCAACACCCGAGCGUUCCUGGAGUACAAGCAGGCAAUCUACCUCAACACCCGAGCGUUCCUGGAGUACAAGCAGGCAAUCUACCUCAACACCCGAGCGUUCCUGGAGUACAAGCAGGCAAUCUACCUCAACACCCGAGCGUUCCUGGAGUACAAGCAGGCAAUCUACCUCAACACCCGAGCGUUCCUGGAGUACAAGCAAGCAAUCUACCUCAACACCCAAGCGUUCCUGCGGGGCACGAUGCUAAUGUACCUGGAGUACAAGCAAGCAAUCUACCUCAACACCCGAGCGUUCCUGGAGUACAAGCAGGCAAUCUACCUCAACACCCGAGCGUUCCUGGAGUACAAGCAGGCAAUCUACCUCAACACCCGAGCGUUCCUGGAGUACAAGCAGGCAAUCUACCUCAACACCCGAGCGUUCCUGGAGUACAAGCAGGCAAUCUACCUCAACACCCGAGCGUACCUGGUGGUCGUGGGAGAUAAGCCCGAUCACAUUGCUCUUCUAGCCGGUGGGAUGGCACAGCUUCAACAGGCAAUGCUGCAGCAGCUCUCGUCGAAGGAAAAGGGUGAAGAUGCUUCGCCAGAGGCUGUUAAACCAGGCACAAAUUCGUUGCCGAGUUUGCCAGCGGUAUCGGCGUCUACAAGCUCUAUUGAUAUCGCAGACUGGCUUGAAAUGUUGGAUGCUCCGAUGUCGGAUUUGUCAGACGGAUCCUCAGCAUGGUGGAGUAUGGUUCGUCAACGUGCAGGGGCCUCGUAUGAAAAGUGGACAAAUGCUGGUCCGAUGGAGAAGCUGUCAAUAGCACUAGAACGUGACGGAGCUUUGGAAGGUGGGAGAUGGAGCCGUGUCAACAGCAGGGCGGCUUCGAUGAUGAUGUUGGCGCUCCAUGAGAGUGUUCGCAGCGAGAUGGUGGAGGAGAAGCAGAACGAACUCGCAUUCUCCACAAUCUCCAAUGUCCGGGUGAAGAAACCGAGCCGGCUAAAGUGGUGGAGGCCCUACGGCGUUGGCUGUGUCGUCGUCGUCAAUGACUACAACGUUGAGCGCUCCAUCAACAACUACGGCUCCCGCUACACCAAGGCAAGAGCCAAGGAUGCGACCUUUGAAAACGGAACCCAAGGCUACCGGACCUACCACAUCUCCUACGCCAACAAGAACUUCUACGACACCGGGGGCAACCACUGGCGAAAAUGCCCUUUCCUUCAUAGCUGGGAGGGUUUGGAGAAGGAGAAAUCUAGCCGAUGCCUGGCAUGUGGAGGAAAGCAUAUGGUCAAAGACUGCAUCAACAAGAAGGGCGGCUCACCCACGGCAGCAUCGGCGGCAAAGGCACCACCCCAAGUAAAGGCUGCAGCAACGCCAGGACCUACGUCUUCAACGUCAUCUACUACAUCCAACAAGAACGUCAGGAUUGAAGAGGGGACGCCUGCAGAUGGAGCUUCAGCUGCUCAGCGUGACUUGGGAACGGCAGACCUCAAGGAAGUCCUUGCGGAUGUGGGGAAGAUGUUGAAAGCUAUGAGCGCUACGUCGCUGAAGAGAGCUACGGUGGCAAAGGACGCGCUCAUGCAGAGAGUCAACUCAAUGGCUCAGGUCUUUGCUGCGCAAGUUGGCGGAGCAACAGAAGAUGAUGAAGAACAAGGUGGUUUGUUGGACAGUGGGGCCAGCAAUGCUAUGAGACCCGCGAACCCAGAAGAGUACCAAAGUGGGAUACCAGUGAAGGUUACGCUGGCGGGUGAGGAGGAGCGCAUCCUUCGACAAAACCGUCAAGGAACAGUUUUGGUUGAGGAAAAGGACAUGGAGAACUCGGCCACUCAACCCAUCGUGCCGUUGGGAGCGCUGGUCCAGGAUCUGGGCUGCAGCUUGGUUUGGAAGCGAGGUCAGUUUCGGCUAAUGCACCCUUAUCGGGGGCAGCUGAGAGUCAAGGUGCGGAACAACUGCCCAGAGGUGACCCUCAGAGAGGCCAACAUGCUGAUCAAAGAACUCGAGGAGAACCAGGUUGCGCAGUUGACAUCUCAAGUCGAUUCUCUUACGGCAAGAUUGGAAGUUAUGCGAAUGGAAGAAAAACAGACCUGGGAUGAGCUUCUGAAGGCUUACCUCGAGUCCGGAAAUCAGGGACUACUCCAACGAGCUGUGAUGCUUUGCCCCUUCACCAAGGACAUUCCAGCGGAUGCCCAAGCAAUGUUGGUAACCAGCUUCGACCCUGAUGGUGGUGAAAAGUAUAUGAAGGAACUCCCGAUUACCCGAAGGAGGCGACGAUUGCUUAUGGCUUCAGAAAGCUGGGUGAUCAGGCUUUUUGCGGGAGAGGGCUCAGAUGAUGAUGGUUUCGUCAAGGCUGCCAGCAGAAAUGGAAGAGUAGUCCUCAACGUUGACAAGGCCAACUCGAAGCUAUGGGACAUCAAUGGACUGUCGCCGGCCUACAAGUUGAUGUUAUGGGCGGCAUCAAAAGGGAAGAUUGCAGACGUUAUUGGCAGUCCCCCCGAGACUACAUGGACAACAAGCACCACUCCUUUGAGAGGCCCAGGUUCAGUUCAUGUUCGAACCAAAGACUACCCCUACGGCGUUCCGGAAUUUUCUCCACUACGACAGGCCCGUGUGAACAAGGAGACCGCAUGUUGUGCAAAGCAGCUCCUCAUAUGGACAAUGUCAAUGAUGAAGGGAAGGCGCAAUGUGGGCUUUCUGAUGGAAUUUCCAGCAGAUGAGGUUUCGCCUCUAGAAAAUGCCCCGAACUGGCUGUCCUUCUGGAAAACGGAAAUGUGGAAGUCAUUCAAGUCAGUCAGCGGCACCAAGCAAGUGACGUUCAAUCAAGGAGCGUAUGGACACGAAGGAGUGCGACCAACGUCUUUGGCAACAACCUACCCCAUGCUAACUGAGAUAGAUGGUGAAGUUGAUGUACCAGAAGGUUGUGUUCCGACCUCCUUGCUUUCAAAGAAGACUUUAAGGUCGUGGUCCGACGACUUCAAGUGGAUGGUUUCGUACGCAAUGAUGGACUAUGUUCCCUCUCGCUCAGGGAUUGAGGAAGAGAUGGACCAGUGUGGAGCCAAAAUUCAGCAAGCUGACGAAGGACCAACGAGAAGCGUGGCCACAGGAUAUCAACACAGAAGACGGAAGCACCCUCAACUCUACACGUUGGCGCUGGACCUUGCAGGCCCCUUCAAGGUGUCAGGAAGGGACAUGGACUUCGAUGACUACAAAUACAUCAUGGUAGCGGCGUAUAGAUGCCCAAAGGAGUACAUCGACGCAAAGUCACAUGAUGAAAUGGUCAAGGAGUUUGAGAUGGAUGAGUAUGAGCCGUCGGAAGGUGAAGAAGAUGACUUGAUGGAACCUAUCAUGGGUGAUGGUGCUCCUGUGGACGUGGAAACCGAUGACGACAAGAAAGAGCCCAUGGGACCAGCGACCUUGGAUGAAGCAGUGGAGGAACUUACGGAGUUACCGGAGUGGACCACCCUGUAUAUCACCCGGGCCAUGAGGAGGAGAACAAAGACGGAAGCGCUACGGGCAGCAAGGGAAAUCGUCCUACAGCUAAAAAUGAGUGGAUUGUAUGUGUCAACAGUUCACACGGACCGGGCGCGGGAGUUUUCUUCGUUGGUCUUCAAGGAGUGGCUUGCAGAAAGUGGACUGAGGCACACCCGUACCUCAGGAGGAGAACCAGCGGGCAACAGCACGGCGGAGCUUGGAGUGAGAUGGGCUAAGAAUCGUGUACGAGCUCUUCUAAAGGGCGCGAAGGCGGAGCCAAAGGACUGGCCCCUUGCUAUAUCACAGGCCUCAGCGUCAACAUGGGCAAGGGCGUUUCCCUACUCACCUACAGCAAGGUUGCCGGCAGCACCGUUUGGACAAGAGAUUUGGUUUCGUUCAAAGGGAUACAAGGGCGCCGCCGAAAUGAAGCACGACCCCUCCAGUGAUCGAUGGAAAAAGGGGUGGUAUCGAGGACCUGCGAUGGAUGUUUCAAGGGGGCAUGUGAUACUGAGAGAAGAUGGUGGUCUCACUGUGGCGAAGAGCGUAAAGUUCAAUGUCAUUGACCCGGCCAAGGAGUUCCCAGACUUGUUCCUCCCAGGUGAAGCAGAUGGAGUUCAACUACGAGAUGGAGAAGAAGUGAAGUCGCAGUCAAAAAGGGAGCUCAGGGAUGAAAUUGAGUUCUUGGCUAGAAGAAAGCUGGAGGAGCAGGACUUUGGGAUUAACGGCAUCCUUCAGAUCUAUGAAAGAUUGGAGGAGUUGGGGGACACCGACAUGAGGAUCGGGAAGAAGGCUGCAGUGACCUCAUGGAAAGCAGGAACUCGGUUGAACCUCCGGGAGUACCCUUACGCUACUAAGCUUCUUGCAGGCUUUGGGAAGAAGUAUGCUGGAGGAAGGCCGUUCACAGCACUUGGAAUUGCCAGGAAUGCCAACCUUGGGAUCCAUCGAGACUCUCAUAAUGCAAGAUUCUCCGAGAACAUCAUCGUUCCGAUCACGGACUUCAAGGGCGGAGGGUUGUGGUUGGAGCAAAGUGAUGGUGAAGAUGCGGGAGAAAAAAGGGAGCUUCCAAAUGGACAGAUCGUCUAUGGUAACUUGGUGAAGGCAGAAAAGGGGAAACCAAUCUGUUUUCCGCCAAGACGAUGGCAUCAAGUUCAACCUUGGCAAGGAGAUCGCGUCACCUUCCUCAUGUACACUCCUCGUGGAACCAAGUUGUCAGAGAAGGACAUGGUUGAGUUGGAGACGGCUGGAUUUCCUAUUGACAGAAAGAUCCUUCAGAACCAGCAGGACGAGGAGGAGUGCAAUGAAGUUCAGGGAGAUGAGUUCGCCAACGUGAAGACGAUGAAUGUGGAGCGAACGGUUGCAACAGUGGAUGCUUUUGUGGAAAUUGAGGAGGGCUUCGUUGAACGAAAGAAAAAACCGUGGCAGGGAGAUUGGGAACGACUACCUGAUCCAGAUGGAAGGGCAAAGCUGAAAAAGAUCGUAAAAAAGGCUGAAGUCCAAUACACGGCCAACAUCGAAGCAAUCCUUCAGGACCACAUCGACAACAAGAAACCACUAGAAGUGACACAUACGGUCAGUCUUGGGGAAGUUAGGAAGGCUCUAAAGCAAUGGGCCCCUUCAGCCGAGAAGGAGUACAACAACCUGGUGCAUGGAAAAAAGGCCUUUAGACCAGUGAAGUUUCGAGACCUCCCGGCGGAAUGUCGUAUUGUGCCAUGGAAGGGUGUCUUCACAGUAAAGCCAGAAGGCAACGAAGAAGGAUUCAAGAGGAAAACUCGUUUUGUCGCUUGUGGCAAUCAUCUAGAAGAAGGUGCUCUAACAGAAGCGGACUACGACGUGUACGCAGCAGGCAUUGAUGCUUCAUCAUUGCGAACUAUGCUUGCCUACAAAACGACCAAGCCUACUUGGGGAGCGGCUGUGACGGACAUUCGACAGGCCUUUGUUCUGGCUCCAUGGAUAGGACGGACCGUGGCACUUAAGCCGCCAGCUUUGGCGGUUGAAAUGGGCUUAGCGGAGCCGGACGACUACUGGCUUGUGGAAAAGUCCAUCUAUGGGCUGCGAGAGGCCCCAGCGGCUUGGGCUACAUUUCGUGACAAUGAGUUGCGAGCUGCGAGAUGGGAGACGGAGGUCGAUGGAGAAAAGGUCGAGUUAAAGUUGCAGCAGCUGGUCUCCGAUGAUCAGGUUUGGAAGGUUGUCCGUUCAGAUGAAAGCAAUCAAGAAGCUUUGGGCUACCUGUUGGUGUAUGUGGAUGACCUGAUGAUAAUGGGCUCGGAAAGUGUCAUGGGCUCGUUCUUUGAGUGGGUGUCCAAUAAGUGGGAGUGUGAUGCUCUCAGUGUCCUGUCGGAAGAGAACAACUUGAAGUUCCUGGGAAUGGAGUUACACUACGUGAACGGAGGAAUCGAAGUGUGUCAAGAAGGCUUCAUUCGAGAACUACUUCGUGCGCAUCAACACAAUGGUGCAAGGUCAAAGACACAGGGCGCGAAGGAGACGCUAAUCAUGUCGGCUGAAGAGGAGGCGAUGAUGAUCGAGGGUUCCCUGGUGAACUUGGAGGGAAAGGAACAUUUGGUUAAAGAGGCUCAGCGACGAGUUGGAGAGUUGUUGUGGUUGAGUUCACGGUCAAGACCAGAUAUCCAGUAUGCUACAGCGGUUAUGGCAUCUCGAAUCACGCGGUGCCCGGAGGCAGUGAUCACAAUUGGUGAUCGACUUCUGGAUUACCUGAAUGAGACCAUGUACGAUCGACUACGUUUCGCCAAUGACAAUGACGAGCUCCAAACGCUGAGGACUUACACCGACUCGAGCUUCGCGCCCUCGUCCGGGAAGAGUCAUGGUUCAGUGGCUAUUUUCUAUGGAUCCUGCCCUUUGACGUGGAGGAGCUCCAGACAACCACUCGUGGCAUUAUCCACGGCGGAAACGGAGCUUAUGGAGGCUGUUGAGGGGGCGGUGGUGAGCUACUCGACCAAAUGCUUGAUAGAAGAGCUCCUCGAUAAACCAUUACAUAUUACACUCCACGUCGACAACAGCGCCGCUAUUUCUUUAAUGACCACGGCCUCUGGAACAUGGAGAACAAGGCAUCUACGACUACGCGCAAAUUGGAUAAAAGAGAAGAUCCUCUUGCGAGAAGUGGCUGUUGUUCAUGAACCGGGAACGACACAAAGGGCGGACAUCGGGACAAAACCCUUCAACAAGGACAGGCUCCAGCAGCUGAAGGACCUAUGGGACAUCAAGAACCGGCGACCCGUACAAGUGAAAUCAAUGAAGGCUUUGAAUACAAGUUCGUUGAUGAAGGGACUUAUGGUCCUGUCUCAAAUAUGUGGUGCAAAAGGAAAAAGAGACGACAUCGUGAAGGAAGAGAUCCAGACCGAGGUUCCAUGGGACUUGUACAUUGUCAUCAUUAUAAUGGCCAUUGCGGUGAUCGGGCUGUGGGAGGCAUGCAAACAUUGUUUACAACGACAAAGGGUGAACGUGAAGACGUUAAGGGCCAAGGCAGCGGAAAGUUCAAAGAAGCUGACCAGGAAUGACCUGAAAGAGCUUCAAGUUCUUAUGUCAUUGGUGCCGCAGUCGUUGUCAGAUGAGCAGAAGCUUCGACUCUUUGACCUCAAGGAGUUAUUUGAUUCUACUAUGCCAUCGAAUACGUCACCGCUGCCAACAACGGUUAUGGAAGGGUCGACUCAGGCAUCAUCGUCAGCGUCUUCGUCAUCUAUACACAACAAGAAGCCUAAAGAUCCUCCCAAAACAAGGGAACAAGGGGUUCAGAAAGAUCCUCCAGCCUUUGAGCGAGUUCCUCCUCCACCGCCACAACAGGUGAGGGUAUUUGCAGGCCCUUACUAUCAGACGGAAGGAAGCUCAGUGCUCCAUGUGUAUGAGAACUGUUGGGGUCUGCGCAACACGAAUAGACAGAGGCAAGUGCAACUCUGCCGUUGCUGCGCGGAGAACAACGGGAACCGCAUCUACUGA